AUGAGUGCAUUUGAAUUUGCUGCAUGGAUCACCUACAUUGGUUCUCGUCAUGAUAACAGAUGGCGUAUGCAUGUAUCAUUUGCAUUUGCUGUGAUUGUUUCCGCAUUUCUACUUGUACUCAUUAUCAUGUUCAUUAUAGAAUUUCUUAAGAAAUUUACAUUAAAUCGUAAACGAUGGACAGUUUGGUAUGGCCAAUGGUCUGAAUGGGGUUUUUUUGUAUUUCUGACCGCUCUUCUAUUUCUUCUAAUUGUCAUUUGUUGUCCAGAAUGGGCUUAUGCACGGAAUGCUACUCAUCGAACAUUUGCUGAAGGAGGAUUAUUUAAACAAUUUGUGUUUUCAUUAAUUGGUGUAUCUGUUUUUGGAAGUUUUAUCUUUCGUCAUACUCAUUUUACCGUGAAUUGGGGAUAUAUAUUAGCCGUGUUUGCCAUGACACUAUUUCUUGUGGCUGGAAUCAUGUUCAUUUUGGAUGCCAUACAUAGUCAUAGACAAACCCUAAACCCUGUCGGGGGUGCCGAAAGAUUUUUCUUUCCUCCUCCAUUGAGUGAACGUGUUCAAGCCAUGGCUCCGUUGUUAUCAUCUCAAUCUCGUUUGCCAAUACCCCCUGCAGGCUUGCCCGGUGCAGGCAUACCCGGUAUAGGCAUACCCGGUAUAGGAUCUCCUCGUCCGAUCAUUCCAUAUCCAUUACCAGGUGCUAUCCCUUCUCUUUACCCUCAGUUAAAUGGCAUGGAUCUACCUGGUUCUUCCCCUGCUUUACCAACCUACGCCAGUAGUGUAGCUCCUCUCACUAAAGCUGGAUUUGCCAGUUACUUCAGACGGGCAGCAGGUUUAGCUCCCGACGUUAAUGGGAACGACUCAGAUGACCAAUCGAGACCCGGUAGCCCCUACGUAAAGGGUGGUUAUGGACUAGCGACGCCGUAUGCAAAUGGAAACAUUCGUGAAGGUGGUGCAUUGAUCGAUAUGAUUCGUCGUCAUUUCUUACAACAGCAACGCCUUAAUUAUAAUCAUGAACGUAUCCUUGAACAAUAUCAACAAGUGAGAGCACCGUUACCAUCUGAAUUUCGUAUGUAUGGUUCGUCAACAUUACCGGGACGAGACUAUGAUCGAUGGCUACAAGACGCUGGAAGGUCAUCGCGCAAUUCAUCUAGAAUAUCAUCAGAAGGAGCUCGCUAUCUUGGUGCACCAGGACAACCAGCAUGGUUAAACUAUCCGGCUAAUGGUGGGCAAAUAGGGAGUGACUAUAGUCGACCUGGAGAAUAUACAAGAAAUAUAAGCUCCGUAAUGCAAAAUCGUGCACAAUAUCCCGAAAGCGUUAGCUCUUAUCAACCUAUUGAUUUUCAAAAUCAUCCUGUAUUCGGACCUACACCAGCGCACAUCAAACCACUGUUUGGUCAAAAAAAAUUGAGCGCAGAUGAUAAUGAUCAAAAGGACGCUCAAGUAUCAGACAGAAAUAAUCCUCCACCAGGUGCAAGAAACAAUUUGAUUUCAUAUCCGGCUUGGAAGGAAAAAUAUCAAGAUGUCAUACCAGUAAAUUCAUUUUUAUACAAUGUACGAGCUCAACGACCAAAUAAUACAAACACAUUAUUUGAUGAAUCACGUCUACCAGCGCCAGGAGCUGUCAUGGAUGAACGUCGAAAUGUUAGUCCAAUAUCAUUUGAUUCAACAACAACAGAUCAGUCAUAUGAUCGUUUACAACAAUCGAAUGCAGCAAAUACACGUGUGAAAAAUGAUGAUAGACCAGAUAUGCCAUAUAGACUCGAUACAUUUGAAUCAAUUCACUCAGCACCAAACAGAAUUAAUAGCUUUCCGUCGGCUCCUAAAUCAACAACACUCGAUUCACCUUUGUCGCCACUUUCAUCCUCUUUAAUACCGCCUGCUCCAUUAUCUCCCACCACACUUCAAACCAAUCCGCCAACUUCAACAGAAGGAAAUUUUCCUAUAUCAUCUGUAAGAAGCACAGAAUCAUCAGUUUCAUCCAACCUACCAUCACUAUCAUCACCAAUUAUCCCUCCAGCACCACCAUUACCUUCGUCAACAUACCAGACUCCAUCUACAAAUGCAAUUUCUUAUGCACAACCUUAUCAAACUCCUUCAACAACCUACAGUGGAACUAAUGCUAUUCCUUCCACACAACCUUAUCAAACUCCCACAACAACCUACAGUGGAACUAAUGCUAUUUCCUCCACACAAGCUUAUCAAACUCCUUCAACAACCUUUAGUGGAACUAAUGCUGUUCCUUCCACACAAGCUUAUCAAACUCCUUCAACUACCUUUAGUGAAACUAAUGCUAUUCCUUCCACAAAUUAUCAGACAUUAUCGUCACUUCCACCUGCAAAAUCUGUCUCAUUUGGCGCUCAAUCCAAUGCCGUCCCUGACAUUUCAAGUAGUAGUACUGAUAGCGAUGAUGAAGAUAAUAUAAAACGAAAACGAAGAAAAAAAAGGUCUGGAAAAUUUUCCAUACAGGAUGGGUCACAAGAAAUCGGUUUCCAGAGAUUCACACCAAAACUCCAUGUGGGUCCAAAUGAAUAUCAUACUCGUGAUCAGCGUCGAAAAUUACCUGUAACCAUGCAUGCCGAAGCAGCCGCUGGUGGCUUUAUGAUAAAUCCCAAUGGUGAUGAUUCUUCAUCCGAUGACGGCAAAAAAAAUAAACCAAAAUCAUCUCAAAACGAAGAACCACAAUUAACAAGAGCAUAUUAA